CCGUGCGGCCGCGCUUGCCAGGAGCUCAAGGCACCGAUCGCUCGGGACCCACCGCCUGGCUCACGACCGCGGGCGCCUGCUUUGUGCUCCGAGCCUUCUCCGGCAGCCUCGGGCGGGCAGCGCGCGGCGUCGCUGCGGGUGGGUGGCCACCGCGCUCCGGCGGCCUGGGCGCGCGGAGGGGCUGGAGGUGCGGGAGCCGCUCUCCACCGGUCGGUCCCCGGUCGGUCCCCGUGCGCUGAGCCCGGGCCGCCCGCGCCGCGGUCCCGAUCCCCUCCACCUCUCCCUUCUCUUAAAAAGAUCCUCGGCGAGCUGCUCCGGGCACCGGUGCUCCGGGGGCUCCAAAGUCGGGCUGCCGGGGCAAGCGUGUCUUCAUGAACCCAGAGGAUGUCCGGGAAGCACUACAAGGGUCCUGAAGUCAGUUGUUGCAUCAAAUACUUCAUCUUUGGCUUCAAUGUCAUAUUUUGGUUUUUGGGAAUAACAUUUCUUGGAAUUGGACUGUGGGCAUGGAAUGAAAAAGGAGUGCUGUCCAACAUCUCUUCCAUCACCGACCUUGGAGGCUUUGACCCAGUGUGGCUCUUCCUCGUGGUGGGAGGAGUGAUGUUCAUUCUGGGAUUUGCAGGGUGCAUUGGAGCACUGCGAGAAAACACUUUCCUCCUCAAGUUUGUAAGUUUUUCUGUGUUCCUUGGAAUUAUUUUCUUCCUGGAGCUCACUGCUGGGGUUUUGGCAUUUGUUUUCAAAGACUGGAUCAAAGACCAGCUGUAUUUCUUUAUAAACAACAACAUCAGAGCAUACAGAGAUGACAUUGACUUGCAGAACCUCAUAGACUUCACCCAGGAAUAUUGGCAGUGCUGUGGGGCUUUUGGAGCUGAUGAUUGGAACCUAAAUAUUUACUUCAAUUGCACAGAUUCCAAUGCAAGUCGAGAGCGAUGUGGCGUGCCAUUCUCUUGCUGUACUAAAGACCCUGCAGAAGAUGUCAUCAACACUCAGUGUGGCUAUGAUGCCAGGCAAAAACCAGAAGUUGACCAGCAGAUUGUAAUCUACACGAAAGGCUGUGUACCCCAGUUUGAGAAGUGGCUGCAGGACAAUUUGACCAUCGUGGCUGGGAUUUUCAUAGGCAUUGCAUUGCUGCAGAUUUUUGGGAUAUGUCUGGCCCAGAAUUUGGUGAGUGAUAUCGAAGCCGUGCGGGCGAGCUGGUAGAGCUGGUAGAGCGCCCGCCCCGGCUGCUGCAAGACACUGGACUGACCCAGCUUUCCUGACCCUCCGCGAGCCGGACUCCUAGCCAUGCUGCGCGGGGCUCAUCGCAGCCGUGACCUGCGAGCUCACUCGACGGAGCUGCCAAGACAUCCUUGCUGGUGGGGAGGGGGGCACUGGGAAAUGCUGCUCACGGACAGAUUAAAGAACAAAACGAAACAAAACAAAAACAAAUAACCAGUAUGCAAGUCAUUGCCUGUGAGUCUCUACUGUAGCCAUGGAUGGAUGGAUGGAUGGAUGAUGCUUACGAUAAAGG